CCCUGCCCGGUGCUCUAGGUCCAGAGAAGGGGCGGAGGGGGCAGUGCGGCGGCCGGGAAAUCGGGGUGCAGCCCAGAGUGGAGGGUCCGGAGGAACAGGCAGGGAGCAGAAUGAAUUCGACAUCCCCCAGACUUGCGCCAGCCGGGGAAACACACGUGCGGCUGCACAGGCAUGAGCUAAGUGCUGGGGAGGAGGUGUUCACAGAGUGCUGUGCGCAGCGACGAAUGUCCAGAAUUUCCAUAUCACUGGUUUUAAGAGAGCUGGUUUUAUGUUUGAGGAGUCAGUGACCUUCGAGGAUGUGGCCGUCUACUUCUCUGAGAACGAAUGGAUUGGCCUGGCCCCUGCUCAGAGGGUCCUGUACAGGGACGUGAUGCUGGAGAAUUAUGGGGUUGUGGCUUCCCUGGCAUUUCCAUUUCCCAAACCGGCUCUGAUUUCCCAGCUGGAGCGAGGGGAAGCGCCCUGGUGCAAGGCUCCUCAGGGAGCUCUGGAUGGAGAGUGCCCGAGGGGCGUCUCCACAGGAUAUCCAUUUCUGAAGCCUGCUGCGAUCUCCCAUCUUGAACAGGUGGAAGAGCCGUUGAACCUGAAACUGCAAGGAGAGGGUCCAAGCCUAAUCUGUACUGAGGGUGUGUUGAAGAGUGAGAAAGAAGAUUUUAUUCUGAAGGAGGAAGGUUUUGAGGAGGCAAAAGACCACAUGGUGCUAUCAAGUGGACCCCGGUGGUGUGGUUCCCAGGAAUUCUGGUUUGGGAAAACCUGUGAGGAGGGAAAAAGCAGGUUAGGGAGGUGGCGCAACUACUCCAAUGGGAAAAGUGUGGAGAACGCUGCAAAUGAUGUUAUAGAAGUGAUUGUCAAAGAUGAGAUGAUCUCAGGAGAAGAUGGUUCAGAGAAUACUGAUGUUAAUACUCACCUUGUUAUACAUGAGAAGAUUCUCAGUGAGCAGGUAUUCUGUAUAUGUGAAGAAUGUGGCAAGUGUUUUGAUCAAACUGAAGACUUUGACCAACAUCAGAGAGUUCAUAAUGGAGAGAAGAUCUAUGGUUGUAAGGAAUGUGGGAAGACUUUCAGUUUUAGAUCACAUUGCCUUGCACAUCAGAGAAUUCACACUGGGGUGAAACCCUAUGUGUGUCAAGAAUGUGCUAAAGCCUUUGUUUGGAAGUCAAACCUGAUUCGGCACCAGAGAAUACAUACUGGAGAGAAGCCCUUUGAAUGUAAGGAAUGUGGGAAGGGCUUUAGUCAGAACACAAGCCUUACACAACAUCAGCGAAUCCAUACUGGAGAAAAACCAUAUACUUGUAAGGAAUGUGGGAAAAGCUUUACUCGGAACCCAGCCCUGCUUCGACAUCAGAGAAUCCACACUGGGGAGAAGCCUUAUGAAUGUAAGGACUGUGGAAAAGGUUUCAUGUGGAACUCAGAUCUUGCUCAGCACCAGAGGGUCCACACGGGGGAGAAGCCCCAUGAGUGUACUGACUGUGGGAAAAGCUUCAUUUGCAAGGCACACCUUAUCCGACAUCAGAGAAUCCAUACUGGGGAAAGGCCCUAUAAAUGUAAUGAUUGUGGGAAGGCCUUCAGUCAGAAUUCUGUUUUGAUUAAGCACCAGAGGCGCCAUGCUAGAGAGAAACCCUGUAAUUAUCACACCUCUCACCUUCUUGAACAUUAGAGAAGGCAUAAGGGUGAUGCUUGUUUAUAAUUCUUAUGCUACAGGAGCCCCAGAGACAAAACGAGAUGACUGUCCACGGUUUGUUAUAACUCUAAUAGUCGGUAUUAUCUUGCCCCUUGUGAACAGAUACCCUGUACUCUAGCAAGAUGGUCCCACUGUUCAACUAUGUUCAUGCUAGGCAACUUUUAGUUGAGCAUCUGCUCUGUCAGGCACUUGCUAACCACUUUACAUACAUUCUUUUGUUUUCCUUAAUCCUGUUAAGGUAGGUACUUAUCCUCAUUUUACUAACGGGAAGUCUGAGGUUGAAAGAAGUUGUAAAACUCAUUCAAGGUUACUCAGCUAAUAUGUUACAGAAUAGAGAUUGGAAUCAGGCCUAUCUGACUCCAGAGUUUUCUGUUCUUUAUUUGUACACAUUUCUGCUUCUGUUCGUUUCUAUUUGCUCAAGUUUCCCUGGGCUACAAAUUUCCCUUCCUCAUCUAAGACCCAGCUCCUUUAACUGGACAGACCCCUGUUCCUCUUCUACUUGUAGUCAGUACUGUCCACAUUGGUAUUUAACUAUGUGCUGUCUUAUAUUUUUCUAAUGUCUCAUGUGUGUUAGUCCAGCUAAAUGGCUCUUUGAGGACCAACACUAUUUCUUUUAUGUUUUUCAAAUUUUGAAACUUAACUUAUUUUUUACUAGAUAUAAUAUGCUCAUGAUAAAAAAAAAGUUGAAAUAGUUCAAAAAGGUGUUCAUUGAAAAGUAAAUCUUGUCACUCCUGUCUCCCAGUCUACCUCCUUAGAGACCAUCACUGUUACUGGCUGUGUGUCUUCCUGGGCAUAUUCUUUCUGUAUACAAGUGCUUAUUAAUACUGCUUUCAAAAGUCUACCUCACUGAAAACCAUUUGACGCAGAUGAUAGUGCAGUUACAUUGCCAACUCCAGAACUUUCUCUUCCUCGGAAGUUGUGGUCUACUUUGAGAUCACCAAGAUGACUUAAGCAAAGUAACUGAGAGUAGUCUGGGUUAUGCAGUUGUGGGAGACCUGACUGCCCUUGUGUUAUAAGAUAGGAAUCUGGGACUAGGAAAAUGUAAACCAAGUGGGAGAUUUUUGUUUCCAUAAAAAUUUGUAUACCUAUAACCUCUCUGAUUGCUCUACUAUCCCAAAUCCCCUUCCAGCCUGUCCCUUCUCAUCACCAUGAUAGCCCACAUCCCAGAGUAAGCUAUAUUAUUAGAGAAUGCUAUUGACCACCUUCAAGGGUUAGAGAAACAAAGGCCCUAUUCAGAGAAGAGCACUGGCCAAAACAGAUGAAACGUACAUUCCAGACUUCACCUUUAGAACCAAUUUCAGAUUGCAGUUUGCCUCUCUGCUAAUUAGGCAUUCUGCUUUAGAAGCUCCUAGCCAGGUAAUAUAAUUGUUGACUAAGGAGCAAGGAAGAGAAGCCAGAGGCUGGCUUGGACUAAACUUCUGGUUCCUGAAAAUUACAGACAUUAAUUCUAGAGCCCCUGAUUGCUGACGUAGUAAGGAGAACUUGGCCUAGCAUAGUCUAGUUAGGGUGCCUCUACUAAGUAGGAAAACUUUUGUACCAAACAGAACCAGGAAAUGGAAAUGAGUGAUGUGGACAGGCAUUUGGGGGAAGUUUAUUAAGCAAAUAAUCACUGAGUACCUGCUUGCAUGUAAAGCACUAUGCUUCAUGCUGCAUGAACAAUGGUAAGUCAGAUUGGUUUCCUGCCUUUCUGGAACAUUAAUGAGAGAGACCAAACAAAAAAAAUUCAAGUAAUUUAUUAAAAAAUGCUAAGUGUUAUAAAGGAAAUGAAUGGUACAGAGAGAGAGAGAAUGAUAGAGAGGAACCCUCUAUAUGAAUAGUCAGGGAAGGCCUACCUUUCCUAAGAGGUAACAUUAAACCUCUCAGAAUGAGAAAAAGGCAUAUAUAUGAAGAAUGGGGGAAGAACAGAAGGCAGAGGAACAUCUCUGUAGACUCUGAUGUGUGAAGGGUUUGGCAUGUUCAAGACACCAAAAGGUUUUAGGUAUAGCAUAAUGAUCAAGGGUAUGAGGGGCACAAGUUAGGUUUGUAGACAUAGGUGGCUCAGAUCAUUCAAUUCCAUCCCAAGUGAAAAGCUAUUAGAGGACAUUCAGUGGAGGAAUGACAUGUUUGAUUCACAUUUUGAGAUGGUCCCUGGCUGCUGUGUAGAAAAUGGCUUGUUAAGGGACAAAAGUGAAAGGAGAGGUCAUAUUGGAGACUGCUAGCAGUCCAGGUUGGAGAUGAGAGUGGCUUGGAGUGGGUGGUGGUUGUAGAAAUGGAGAGAAAAUAUAUUUAAGAUACAGUUUGGAAAAAAAUCAGUGACCUGUUAAAGGAUUGGAUAUAGGAGUAACAGGAAUUAGGGAUCGGUUUCUGGUUUGAGCAGCUGAGUUAGAUAGCAGACCAUUUACUGGAAUGAAUAAGACUGGAAUGGGAAUAGGUUUGGGGAGGGAGAAAUCGAGAAGUCUGUUUUGGAUUAACAUUUCAGAUAUGUGUGAGAUAUACAAGUAGAAAUUCCAGGUGGUGGUUGUAUAUAUGGGUUUGAGCUCUGGGUUAGUGAUAUCUAGAGCUUUGCAUUUGGGAGUCAUCAAAUGAGCAAAAGGUAUUUUAAGCUGUGGGAAGAAAUGAAUGAAAUCUCCUGGAGCUGCAUUAUCCAACACAGUAGCCACUGGCCAAAUGUAGGUAUUUAAAUUUAAUUGUAAGUUUUAGGUUCUUAUCAGACUGGCCAGAUUUCAAGCACACAAUAACUAUGUGGGAGUUGACUACCAUAUUGGAUAGUGUUGACAUAGAACAUUUCCAUCAUUUCAAAAAGUUCUGUUGGACAGUACUGCCUCCAGAGAAUACAGCAAAAUAUGAAGACCCAGGAUAGAGUCCUAUGAAACACCGAUUCAAUAUUUAGGGAGUUGGACAGGAGGAAGUGCCUGGAAGAGAGGCUAAAAAAGGUCAGUGAGAGGCUGGCAAUAUCACCAGUGGACACAUUACACAGGCAGCAGUUGAAAUAAGGUCGAAUACUUGGACCAGUGCUAAAAGGAGGUAAUCAUUAAAAUCCUAAAUGUCAAUAAGCUCCCAGAGUGAAGAUGAUGUGUAUCCUAGAUGACGUCAGUAUCUUAAAAUGGGAGACAGACAGAUAACGAAUAGGAAGCAGAAACCACAGAAAUGGAACCUGGAAGAGAAGAAACAGUUUGGACUUCUGGAGGAGCACCAUGGAAGUUGAUCAACCCUAGGAACUCUCCCUCAAAGAUGGAAAUGUUUGUAGGCAGAGUGGUGGGAUGGGAAGACAAAUUUUAGGAGUGUCACAAAGAAUUGCCCACAUAUGGCAAAGACACAAAUUUCGGAGGGAUUAAGAAGUAGCACGUAGAAAUGGAUGGCCCCUAUCAAAAAAAUUCCUAACUAGUCUUUUCCUUACCAGAGACCCAGAGACAGGCACUUGGAAGUCCUGAGCCUAUAUCAAAGACUGUAAUGUGUGAUGAAGGAAUCAUAACAUGGAAGAUUUUCCAAUUUGUAAUAAUACUUUCCACACAUCUUGAAGUCAGAAGAGGAAUGAUUAGUACUCAUUUCCUAAAUUUUGGAGACAUAUAAAGGAAAAAAUUAGAAAUAUAAGAUACUUUCUGAUAAAUCCCAACUAGCAAUAUAUUAAAAUCAAGAAUUGAUUAUGGUAAAUUUUUAUCUUCCAAAUUUUCCAAAAUAGGAUUGGAAAGUAAGGAAAUAUAAAAACAGUGUAUAGAGUCAUUCACAUAGUGAAAAUUAACUGGCCUGCCCAGAAUCUCUGGGGGGAAUGAAUUAUUAAAUCCCCCCUAUUUUUCAACUCCGAGGUAGCUACAGAGUUGUCUUAGAAGCAACUCUGUUGCAAACCAGUGGUUGCAAUUCUGAGCAUGUCUUUGUCACGGCCAAAUCAGGGUUCUGUACUAUUCAUCUCUUUGUUGGUUCCCAGCAUCCAUUCUUCUGUCUGGGAACAGUAACCCAAGUAUUCUUUGGGAAAGCAUCCUUUCUCAGCCACCUGGUUUGGGUCCACCCCCAACUUCAUAAGUGGAUCCUGGUUAGCCUAGGUGCAUCAACACCCUAUUACGUUGACCACAGAGCCAAUGAGAUCUGAGGAGAUAUUCACCUGGCCUGAAAGAGAGAGGCUUUUCUUUGAGAGCAACCAAAGGAGAUAUUCUGUCCUCCUGUGGAUGGUAUAUAGGAAGAUAUGAGGCCUUGAACUGCAACAACACUUUUAUUCUGUUAAGAGGGAGGUAGUCUGGAGCUUCCUGGUGUUAGCAUGUGGAGCCUGAGGAUGAAGUCAGUACCAAAGGAGAGAGUGGCAAAGCAGAGAAAAACUGGGUCCCUGGUGACAUUUGAGCCAUUAGCCCAAGCCUUACCUGAAAUAGACUCACCUCUGGAAUUUUCAGUCAUGUGAGCCAAUAAACAUCUUUUGUUAAACUA